CGGCACGCACGAUGAACGUGUCGGACGCCCCCAGUGUCGUCGUACUGCGUGCCAUACCUUUCGCAAUCGUCCUAGCAUCGGUUGCACACUUCGCUUACCUCGUCAUCCACUACCGCUGCACACCCCGUCACGUUUCUGAGGGUGCGGUAUCCGAGGAACAAGGAUGGCGAACCAGACUCGCAUACUCCGGGGGUUUUUUUGGAGUGUUUCUCAGAGUACUCAGGGUGGCAGGAACAGCUACGUAUGCGGUAUCUGCACUCAUUUCGUUGUUCUCCAUCCCCAACACGGAUUGUUACCUUCAUAUUGUCUUCCCGGCUGCUGUCAGCUUGUACGCGACUAUACUGGGAGCGUUCUCGCUUUUCUCGUCCCGAAAAUGGCAGAGGAUCAGCGAUGCACACAUAGGCAUCGUUCUUUUGGCCCAUUUCUUCGUUUCCGCGUAUUUUGAUCUCCGUGUCCUGUCUGAUGUCGGCGAACACCCAACGGGACGUUGGUACUAUCGCUACGUCUCAGAGCUGCUCUAUCUCUUCGUCAUAUGCAUCUUCGUGCCUCUGGCCAUACCUGGUCCCCAAUCAUCCGAUCCGAUCAAGAGCGCCUCUCUGGGCUCUAUCCUCACUUGGGACUACUUCACGCCCGCUAUUUGGUACGCCGCGCGGCAUGGCCACCUCCCAUCCUCGAAAUUACCCCCACUGGAUCCCCACGACGAUGUGUCCUACCUCAUCACCCACACCUUCCCCAAAAUUGACCCUCUCCUCCUCAAACGCAAGCGACACGUCAUCUGGUCCUUGCUCGAUAUAUUCAAAUGGGACUACGCGGUCAUGACCACGCUCACGCUUUGCGAGAGCGUUUCGUAUUUCCUUGCCCCCAUCGGCGUCAGGCAGAUUCUUACCUACCUGGAAGAUCCGAGCGCUGCGACCGUGCAGCCUUGGGUAUGGGUCGUAUGGAUCGGUGUGGGCCCGAUGGUAUACUCAAUCACGGCGGAGUGGUAUCUGUAUUUGGCGACGAAGAUGUUGAGGAGGGCGGAGGCGAUCGUGACACAGUUAGCGUUUAGGCAUGCACUGAGGAUACGGAUGAAGGGAAAGGAAGAGCGCAAGAAGGAAGGCACUGGCGAGCGCACGACGGAGGUACAGGCGGAGGAACGGAGCGCCAGCCCAACAGCAACUUCAUCUACUGUCGAUGGAGGUUCUGAGACGUAUACAGAUGCCAGCGAGGAGCGGAGCGCAAGUCCCACAUCAUCCUCAGCCACCGUCACGCCCUCGGAAGGUGGUGUGCCGGAUAACGCGAAGGCGAAGCAAGACAAGAAGGAUGAGGAUAAUGAGAAGCAGAACGAGAAACAGAUGAUAGGCAGGAUCAACAAUAUUAUCACGACGGACGUGAGCGCGAUGCAGCAGGCUAGGGAUUUCCCGCAGCUGCUCAGUGGCUUGUCCGCAACGAUCAUAUCUGUCUUUUUCCUCUACGAUCUUCUCGGCUGGAGCGCAUUCGUAGGCAUUGCAGUCGCCGUGAUCACGCUCCCGGUCCCCGCCUGGGCUGCAACCCAGAUGAUGGACUCGACGCGCAAGAAGAUGGCCGUCUCUGACGCGCGUGUGCAGGCUGUCACGCAAACAAUGAGUGUCGUCCGUAUGAUCAAGCUCUUUGCAUGGGAACACAAGUCGGUAGAGAAGUUAGAGAAGCUGAGGGCCGAGGAAUUGAGCUGGAUCCGUUACAACGGUUGGUUGUAUCUGUCGACGUAUGUGCUUAAUCAGAUUCUACCGUUGUGCAACAUCGUCGCGAUUUUCGGUGUAUAUACCUUGGUCAUGAAGCAGGAGCUGACUGCUGCACGUAUCUUCACGUCCAUUUCCGUCUUCGCCAUUUUGCAACGUCAGAUUAGCCAGUUGGUAUUCAUGCUUCCUACGCUCUUGAACGCGAAAGUGUCUCUGGAUCGGAUCAACGAGUUCCUCAACGAUACGGAAUUGAUCACGCCAGAGGAUGGGAGCCCUUCCGUCGCCCCAUCCACGGCCCUAGUUGCCCCUGAUGAGAACAACAGCACAGGCUUCUGCGACGCCGUCUUCACCUGGGAUAGGCUCGAGGACGAUGGGGCAGCAUAUGACCCCAAGAAACGCGACUUCCGACUGAGGAUUGAUAAGGAGAUAAUAUUCGAGAAAGACGCCGUGAACCUGAUAGUAGGUCCAACUGGCGCGGGUAAAACAAGUGUUUUACUCGCCUUACUUGGGGAAAUGCAUUAUUCUCCGCAGAGUGGCGGUUCGUGGUACAAUCUUCCAAGGGGAGGCGGAAUCGCAUACGCCGCCCAAGAAAGCUGGGUGUUGAAUGAAACUAUCCAGGACAACAUUGUGUUCGGCUCGCCCUUCGACCAAGAGCGGUAUCAGAAAGUCCUUGAGCAAUGUGCGCUUGUGCAAGACUUGGGUAUGUUUGCCGCUGGAGAUCAGACCGAGGUUGGCGAAAAGGGUCUGACUCUGAGUGGUGGGCAGAAGGCUCGGGUCACCUUGGCACGGGCGGUCUAUUCGAAAGCGAAAAUAGUACUCCUCGACGACAUCCUUGCAGCCCUAGACGUUCACACCGCAAGGCACGUGGUCGACAAGUGCCUGAAGGGCGAUUUGUUGCGCGAUCGGACGGUGCUACUCGUGACACAUAACCUAGCGCUUGCGCGUUUGGUGGCAAAGAAGGUUAUCCGUGUGGAUGGUCAAGGCCAUGUUACGGCGGAAGCGUCGCUGGCGGAGGCCAUCGAGCACGAUGACACCCUGCGUCAAGAGCUCGCGAAAGAGGAGGAAACAGUGCAGAAAGCCCAGGAUCGGGAAUCUGGAGAUCAGACGACCAAGAAAGACGACGCGUCAACCGGGAAGUUGAUUGUCGCGGAAGAUAUUGCACACGGUACUGUCAGCUUGGAAGCCGUCAUGUUGUAUCUGCGCCACGUGGGCGGACCGUGGUUUUGGUUCUUCCGUCUAUCUCUCGUCGUCUCGGGCGUGGUGUUCAAGCUGUACGAGCCAUACUACCUUGGGCUCUGGUCGAACGAGUAUGAGAAUCAUGAGGCAUCCGAGGUACCAGCCUCAAAGUACCUCUGUGGCUAUGCGAUACUGUGCCUGUUUCAGCUCGCAAGCGAUGUUAUUGCAUGGAUUGUAUGGCUCAAUGGCUCGUUGCAUGCUUCCGGGAAAAUACAUCGGCAGCUUGUUGAAUCUGUGUUCGGGGCAACGUUCCGAUGGCUAGACACUGUUCCCGUCUCCAGGGUUAUCGCUCGAUGUACCAAGGCAAAGGACCUACAAUCAGUGGACGAGAUGAUACGGCAGAUAUUCAGCCUGCAGCAAAUGAUGAUCGUCAACAUCGUACUACGUUUCGCUGCUAUUGUAUACGUUGUGGGGUGGAGUGUGCUGGCUGCUGGGCUGGCGGUUCUCGUCAUUGCACUUGGCGUGGGCCGGUUCUACAUUGCGGCACAGCGAGAGCUGAAACGAGAGCAAAGCGUCGCGAAAGCUCCGGUACUCAGCUUAUUUGGAGCGGGGCUGGUAGGACUCGCGUCUAUACGGGCGUAUGGCGCCCAAGAUUAUUUCAGCGAACGGCUGAUCACGCGCAUCAACCAUUACACGGUGCUUACCCGAAACUUCUACAACAUCAACAGAUGGGUGGGCGUCCGAGUCGAUGGCUUGGGCGCCGUCUUCUCGUCAAUUGUCGCUGCCGGGAUUGUAUACGGUGGUUUCAUCAGCGUGGGGAACGCUGGCUUCGCUCUGUCUCAGGUGCUCGGUUUUGCUACGGAGGUCUUCGUCUUCGUCCGUGUUGCAAACAUGGCUGAGGUGGAAUGUAACAGCUUGGAGCGUAUUCUCGACUUCCUCAAGAUUGAACAUGAACCGGAGCCGAAGCAAGACGGCGUACCGCCAGCGUACUGGCCAGCCAGCGGGUCACUGAGGGCGGAGAAGCUCUCUGCUCGCUACAGCCCAGAUUCGGUGGACGUCCUGCGCGACAUUUCGUUCGACAUCAAGUCGGGCGAGCGCGUGGGCGUCGUCGGGCGGACGGGCGCGGGCAAAUCGACGAUCAGCCUGGCGCUGCUCCGGGCGCUGAUCACAAGGGGCAAGGUCUUCUACGAUGGGAUCGACAUCCACGCCGUCAACCUCGACGCGCUCCGGGCGAACGUGACGCUCAUCCCGCAGCACCCGGACCUGCUUGCGGGUAGCGUGCGCGAGAACCUGGACCCGUUCGGCGAGCAUGAUGAUGCGGCGCUGAACGACGCGCUUCGGUCCGCGGGGCUGGAGAGGCUGCAGAAGGAGGGAGACGCGGCGGCGGCUAUCACGCUUGACAGCGAAGUGGAUGCUGGAGGAUCCAACUUCUCGCAUGGUCAGCGUCAGAUCAUUGCGUUGGCUCGCGCGUAUGUCCGGAGGAGCAAGCUAAUGAUUAUGGAUGAAGCAACGGCUGCUAUUGACUAUGAAACGGAUUCGGCCAUCCAAGAAUCCAUUCGUGCGAAUCUGGGGAGCGACAUCACCAUCAUCACGAUAGCUCAUCGUCUGCAAACCAUCAUGGAUUCGGAUAAAAUCAUGGUUCUGGAUGCGGGUCGGCUGGUAGAGUUCGGAAGCCCGCGAGAGCUGCUCUUGCAGAAGAAGGGGCUUUUCUUCGAACUCGUAGAAAAAUCGCACGAUAAGGAUGUAUUGUAUGACAUGGUCAAAUCCUGAAUGCUGUCGUUGGG